AUGGUAUCUUUAGAUGAUCGUUUACUUGGAGAAAAAUUACAAAAUUAUUGUAGUAGUUCAUCCGAUGAAGAAGAUGAGAAAGACAAUGAUUCCGGUCAUGAUGAUAAACAAGCAAAAUCAACAACAAAAUUUAUACCAGAAUCGGAAUUAAAACCAUCGAGUUCAUCAAGUGGUUUUACUGAAAAUACUGGACCGAAAGGUGUUAUGGAAGAUUGGAGACGUUAUAAACAAUUGGAAACAGAAAAACGAGAUGAACAAAAAAAAGAAAAACAGGCAUUAGUUAAAAAAUUAGCAAUAACAUGUAGAUCUUAUUUGGAUGAAGAAGAAGCAAAGAAAAAAGAACAAGAAAAAGCUGUUGAAGAUGAAUUUUUUGAUGCUGAUGAUGAAUUUUUUAAAGAAUAUCGAGCAAAAUUGAUGUAUCAAAUGCAACACCGAUUACUGAAUGCUCCUCGUUUUGGCAAACAAAUUGAUUUGAAUCGUGAAAAUUUUACAAAUGCAAUUGAUGAUGAAAAUAAAAAUGUUACUAUUAUUGUACAUGUUUAUGAACAGUCAGCAAUUGGUUGUAAAACAAUGGAUAAUUGUAUUCAAAUUCUUGCCGAACAAUAUCCAUAUGUGAAAUUUAGUCGAAUUCAAGCAUCUGAAGCACAACUCAGUCAUAAUUUUGUUAAAAAUGGUUGUCCAGCAAUUUUAGUUUAUCGUGGUGGUGAAUUACUUUCAUCAUUUAUUUCAAUAACAAAUAAAUUAGGUGAUGAUUUUGUAGCUAGUGAUAUUGAAAGCUUUUUACAAGAAUCUGGUUAUCUUUCAUCAGCUGAAUGCGUUAAAACUAAUACUGUACGAGAUAGUCAUACACAAGAAAAUAAUAAAUCUGAUACGGACGAUGAUUAA